AUGCGCCAAACGCCCCAAUUUGUACUCUUGCCUACAAACCAUCCAACGAUUGUGCUAGUAUACGACGCUGGCGAUUCGUCAGCUGUCUGGUCCUUGGGGGACAAUGAUUUCUGCAAGGUGAAAUUGCGAGUCAAAGGCCAAACCCAUUCGGAAGCUUGGCAUACUCUAGAUGACAAUUGGAAACAUAGUUAUGUGCAUACUGUGGUAAAAGUUUGCGAAACUCUUGAGUGUUGGAAAGGCGAUAUGCUAGGAGACAUGGAUGGGGAAAAUAUUGCUGAGCAGUACCUUAUCAAGUAG